AUGUCUUCAGACGACGAUUCUCAAGGCCCUGACCGUCAUCACGAUGAGCAUGAAUGGGAAGCCCAGAAGGAAAACUUCUACAAUUGCUACAUAGUGCAAAAUAUGCCCCGAAAGAAAGCCGUCGAAUUCAUGAAGGAUCAAUACGGUUUCGAUGCAACUCCGCGACAGUGGGAACGCAAGAUCAAACAGUGGCGCUUCUUCAAAUACUCUUCCCGCGAGGAACGGCUGCAACAAAUUAAUGAUGCCGGUCAAACCGUUGACCAAGUGAGCAAACCUGGCCGUCGUCCACGAGCACAAAGCGGCAACAGCCUUCAAGUCGAUCGAAACCUGCGCCGUUUUGCCCGACGAGAGCUCAGCCGAUCCAGAUCCAGGCCUAGGUCGGCUUCAUAUGCUCAUCCUAUCCAAUCGCGCGUCGACAAUUCUCUCAUUCAAAAUGGCACAGACUCUGCCUCUACCAAUCCCCACCCCCAUCCCAACUCAUCCAUGCCACAGCCAGUCAGUCAUGCCAGCUUCAAUCCCAACACAAACACAAACCAUUCCAGCCAACUCAACUAUCUCCAUCCUCAGACUCCUUUACAUUUUGACGACUCUGAUGUUGAGGACACCCUUCUUCCAACCAAUGAGCACAAGUGGUCUCAGUCGCAGCCCGCCCCUGUCCAGCAUCAGUAUGGGACUUCAUCCCAUGAUGCUAUCCUCCCCUUUUCCGAUAACAGCAUGCCUCAUCAGAUCAACAACCACCCCAUGGGAAAUCCCCACUUGCCCUACAUGAUCAGGCAAACUGACCCAUCUGCAGAAUUUGCUGUCCAUAAUCCGCCUGUAAUCAACAACGUCAUCUUUCCGCCCUACGACGUGUCGGCUUCUGACAUGACGCUCAAUCGCGGGCUCAGCGACCCAUCCUUGCUCAAUUUCAACCCAGAUACACACGAUACUCAGGUUUCAAACUCUCUCGAUUCGUUGGCCUUCGACCAGGGAUUCGCUUUCCAAUUGAAUGUCGUGGACACGGACACAAUCACUGACGUGCCCAUUGACGAUAUUAAUUACCAGCCCAUCCCAAAUGUUCAGCAUGACUAUGUGCCCCACUUCUUUGAGACUGUCUUCCCAGACCCUACUGGACCAUUGGAAGGCGACAUCAACACCAUUGUCCGUGACUACACCCAAAAGGUGCGCCAGCUUACGUUGUCUCACUCGGCCGACAACGCCGACACCAAGCUUGCCAAUGAAGCCCAACUUCUCACACUCAGAUUGAAGCUCGCCCUAGAAAGCUACACAAAGACACAACAGCGCGCGCUACAAGAUGUUAGAAGCAUCUGCGCUUCAUUGAGAGAGAAGAACUCCAUUCUGAGGGGGGAAAUGGAGACUCUGAAGAUGUCAUUCGCCUCUCAGAGUUCGCCAGAUAUGAGCGGGCACCAACAACAUCACCGAGCAUCAACCCCCAAUCUAACCGAGUUGUAUCACUAA